AUGACAACAUCCGUACCCAAGUUGCCUUCACCUCUGGAAACCCUCCCAAAUGAAAUCCUCUAUGAGAUCUUCAGCCACGUCGACGAGAAAGACUUGUCGGCAGUUCGUGAUGUUUGCCCAAGGCUCUGCGAUAUUGUCACUCCACGUUUUGCCCUGGUCAACUUCACUGAGAGAAUCCAUGUUGUUUCUCCUCACAGUAUCGAUGCACUGGUGGGCGUCACAGAACAUCCUGUGUUUGGCGGAUAUGUGAAAACCGUGGUCAUCUGCAGCGGCAGACGCACCACGAUCCCCGUGACGUCUACCUUCCCUGAGCAAGAAUACACGGAGAUACCAAACCAAGACACACAUCUCAAUGACUAUGUGAAGACGAAACGCUUCGCACACCGUAUGGAGCGCGUCUUCAGAAACAUCAGAGUCCACUCUGGUUCUGUGGGGAUUGGCAUCUAUGAUAUUCCAGGAAAGGCGGAGACUCUUGAAGAGACCGUGUACGCAGCUCGACGCGCAAGAUGUCCUAUCACAUGGCUCGAGGUGGAUCUGUUCGCAGACCAUCCUUACUUCAUACAAGCAGACCUUGACGCAGCUAUGCACAGAAUCUUGGAAUCAAGCCUCACGCCUCUCAAUGUCUAUCUAUGUGCUGGACACUCGUUCCGACUCGCAUACGGCAGCGAUUGGCAAUGCUUGGAACUCGAACAUUUUACUUUCGUCAACGCUAUUCCUCUAGGUCCUCCGUUGCGCGCAGUGUACAGCUGGCUGCUGACUAGAUGGGUCAAACAUCUCAGGAUUUUCAAUGUCAACGGCUAUCACGAUUUCCGCCUUCGACCCUUCCUCACACCUUAUCUGAUAAGCCUCGAUCUCCGUAUGCUGUCUAUCUGGACUGGGUACUUCGAUCGACGCCUAUGGAGCGAGCAAAUCCGGAUCAUCUCGAAUCUUACUGGUCUUCAGCACUGUACAAUUAGUUGUCUCAGUUACCUUUUCGAGUUUACUGCGGACGAUGAUGACGAUGAAGGAUACUUGGAACUUCCUGGCUACGGCCGAUAUCCUUGUGUUGCCCCUCAGUUCUACCUUGCUUUCCGCGAUGGGACUGAAACAAUUCAGAUGAACGGUGACGAUGUCUGCGAGCAGCUCAAGGAAUUGGCCAGCUAUGUGGUCGCAGCAGAGGCAUACAAGGUGCUGGAAAUCGUCAGAGAUGGUCGCGUGAAUGGUCUUAUGGUUGGUGUUUUUGACGAGUUCAAUCUUGGGCUCUCUUUGCAGUCACUCCAGCUUGAUGGAGCAGCUUCUGCGUCCUGA